AUAAAAUCUGAGGAAGACCUUCUUUUUUCUCGAUAAAAUGCUGUAAAAUCGCAGCAAAAGUGCAAAAAUACGUGCAAUUAGAAUGUUCGUGGCACGCUAAGGGCAUUCGUGAUUUGUGAAUGUGCGAAAAAGUGAUGGAAAUCAGUGAAAAUUACGAUAAAAUACUGUGGCUCUCCUACACAUCGUAAAAUCGAUAAAUCGCCAUCUCGCUCAGUGUGUGUGUUGUAUUUAUUUUGUGUAAUUCCUCUAAAUACCACGAUAGUAACAAUAAUAAAACGAAAUCUCCGAAGAACACACGAAAAAUCAAGAGUUGGAACAUUUCAAGGAAAAACCAGAAAAAAGAACGAUUGAUUGGAAAAAAGUGCGUGUCAGUCAGUUCUGAUCGCAACAUAAAAAUAUCAAUACAUUUCGCGUAAAACAUCAAUUUCAUGUACAUGUACAUUCAGUUUUGCAGGUGCGAAUCAUGAGUCAUAAAUAACAACAAUGAACAACAGACUGAAAUCAUCAUCGAUCGGAGAACAGACGACGCUCAACUGAAAUGCAACAAAAAUGUAGAAAGACAUACGAAAAAACAAAAAAAAAAUUAAUUCAGUCAUAAGGCAGUCAACUAUCAGUUUUCAUGAAACACGGGGAUAACGAGUUGCCCCUCGAUCUCGUUGUAAAAUCACACAUUUCAGAAUAGAUUCAAUUGUGAAUGCCUUUUGAUUAAUUGGCAUCAAAGCAUUAUUUAUUUGUGCAUGCAUUUGUGAAUGUUCUACGCUACAAGUAAAUAUAGCUAACUACUAAUAAGAUAAAAUAAAUUCAAACGACGACAACGACAAAGAUUGAAACAAAGGACAGUUGUACGGAAUUAAUCAUAGUUUCGCAGGUAAUGAAACAGUUAAAAACACGUGAAUACUCGAGUGAAUCUAUUUAACUGCAACGAAAAGGCGGUGGUGCACGCAAAGAAAGCAAACGCCAACAAUCUCUACAAAACAGAAAAAAGUCGUCAUCGUCAUCAAAUAAUAAUAGAUUGCAACCCACUUGUUUUCUUCUUUCUGCUAUAAACACAUUGCAUUAAAAAGAAACACACACUCACCACAACAAAGACACAUUCAAUAUUUUUUGAAUCAGGAGACAAACUAGCUCGUGUGUGUGUGUGUGUGUGCGGUUCUCAUCACGAGAAAGAAAAACAUCAGCUGAGAACGAAGAAAUUAUCAAGAUUCUUGAAUAAUGAGUCAAAACGAUGAUUCGAAGAAAAGUAGUAAGAGUAGUUCUGGCAGUGGUGGCGGUGCUGCUGCCCGAUCGAGUCCCGUAAAUAUGCAAAAAAUGCAUCAUCAUGCACAUCGCGUACUAAAUUUCGAUGAUGUUGCAUCUGGCGGACCGCCAUCCACGUCGUCUCAAAAACCCGUUUCCAAGUUGGCAAUGAAUCCGGGACGAUCGGGAUCAGAUGCCGGUAUAAAACUAUCGAAAUCUGCGUCGUCGUCACCCUCGCAUGGCAAACUGCAGCACCAAACGAGUCAACCGGUGAGCUUUACGCGCGACCAAAUCAAAAAUCAUCCAAUCCGAACAUCAGCUUCCGCCUCGAAUGUCGCGUACGGUCACAGUAGUGCCAGUGGCGGCAUUCAACUACGUAAACAAUCAUAUAAAAAUCAACAAUCACACUCGUUGCGGUACUCCGGCAGUGGUAGUGAGGUCUCGAAUUUGGUGCGUGUCCGAAAUUCGACGUUGGGAAAGUCAGCGCCCAAUCUUUCAACAAAUGUGAAAGAAGGAAUAAUUUUACGACGAACACCGGCACAAUCAGCACGUAGUGCAGCAGUUGCUUUGCAUCGUUUGAGUCUCGUGGCAAAUACGUCACCGCGAAGUCAUUCACCCGUACUGGCCAGUCCGAUUGAUAGUCCGCGAAUAAAUUCGCCACAUUUUCCGUUUGCGCCGAUUAAGCGUAUUUCAACGUGUAGUCGUGGCGAUGGGCGUCGAUGGUCUGUGGCUUCGUUGCCAUCGUCAUCGGGUUAUGGAACGACACCUGGAAGUUCAAAUUUAUCGUCACAAUGUUCGAGUCAAGAGCGAUUGCAUCAAUUUCCGCAUGUCCCCACGAAUGACGAACUCCGGAUGUUAUCGCAUCAUUUCUCGAGUAACGACAGUAAUCCAGAUGCAAAUCAUCAUCAUCAUGUGCAUCAUCACGCAUCACAUAUGGUGCAACAAACGCAUCCCGCGACCGCGAAUCAAGCUUCGUCCUCCAGUCAUGCAUCGAGUCCCGUGCCGAGCGUUCAUAGUGGCCGCGAUUUGGAGCCGGGACGUCGAUCACCCUUCAAUCGUCCACGAUCUCGUAGUUUAAGCUCGCCGAGUCGAUCUCCCAUUGUCGACAAUGAAAUUGCCAUGAUGAACACACUGUACAAGGAACGUUUCCCGAAGGCGACACAACAAAUGGAAGAACGAUUAUCGCACUUCAUCAACGAAAAUAAAAACGCUGUUUCGGGAGGUUCGUUCCGAGACUCUAUGCCAAUUGUUCGUUUUGUGUUGCAUCAAGUUGUGGAAAUGGCACGUGAUUGUUUACACAAAUCACAUGCACGACUAAUCACAAGUCGAUAUUUUUACGAAAUGUCAGACAAACUGGAAUUGUUGCUUGCCGAAACGAAAGAUAAAAGUCCAGAAGCAGCUACUGAAGUUGCGGGUGUCAUAAAGAAACUAUUAUUAAUAAUUUCCCGUCCAGCGCGUCUCUUGGAGUGUCUCGAAUUCGAUCCGGAAGAAUUUUACCAUCUACUGGAGGCAGCUGAGGGUCAAGCAAAGACCGUGCAAGGCAUAAAAGCCGACAUCCCUCAAUACAUAAUACAAAAGUUGGGAUUGAAUCGAGAUCCGAUUGCCGAGUUGCAAGAAGAACUCAAAGAAUCCGCAUCGUGGAAUUCACUGGAUAAAAUGUCGUCAAACAGUCAAAACACAGAUAGCAGUGGAAUAUCUCAGGAUGCCGCAACGCCGCCGAAUCAACAAGGUCUUACCUCGACUCCGAAUCGCGGUGAGAAAAGAAAUCGUUCGAGUACGAGCCCGCAAACGUUUAACGCAGCUCCCAGUGAAAAUGACUACGAAGUGGUAAAACUCAUCUCGAAUGGGGCAUACGGUGCUGUCUACUUGGUGAAACACAAGCAGACACGUCAGCGUUUUGCCAUGAAAAAAAUCAACAAAAAUAACCUCAUGUUACGCAAUCAGGUCGAGCAGGUCUUUGCGGAACGUGAUAUCUUAAGUUUUGCUGAUAAUCCCUUCGUUGUCAGCAUGUAUUGUUCCUUCGAGACACGCAAGCACUUGUGUCUCGUCAUGGAGUACGUCGAAGGUGGCGAUUGUGCGAAUUUGUUAAAGAACAUUGGGCCACUGCCACCGGACAUGGCAAGCUUCUAUUUUGCCGAAACAGUUCUUGCAGUCGAAUAUUUGCACAGUUAUGGCAUUGUGCAUCGCGAUCUCAAGCCCGACAAUCUUCUUAUCACAGCACUAGGCCACAUCAAGCUAACAGACUUUGGUUUAUCCAAAAUGGGUUUGAUGUCACUCGCUACUAACUUGUACGAAGGUUACAUUGACAGCGAAACACGCCAAUUUUCGGAUAAGCAGGUCUACGGAACGCCAGAGUACAUUGCGCCCGAAGUGAUUUUGCGUCAAGGCUACGGAAAACCCGUGGAUUGGUGGUCAAUGGGCAUCAUUUUGUACGAAUUUCUAGUCGGAUGUGUUCCGUUUUUCGGUGAGACGCCCGAAGAACUGUUUGCACAUACAGUCAAUGAUGAUAUCGAGUGGCCCGACACCGAAGAUUGGCCCAUACAGGCGGAAGCAAAGGAUAUUAUAAUGGCUUUAUUGCAGCAAAAUCCGCGCGAUCGUCUCGGAACAGGAGGAGCACACGAAGUGAAGGAGCACGUUUAUUUCAACGGCAUGGAUUGGAACUCGUUGCUGCGACAAAAAGCGGAAUUUAUACCGCAAUUGGCCAAUGACGAUGAUACUAGCUAUUUUGAUACUCGCUUGGAUCGGUAUAGCCACGAUUUGGGCGAAGACACCGACGAUACAGAUGACUCGCCAUUAUUUGGAUCGUUCAGCUCCUAUUCUCCACAAUACAGAAAACAGCAGUAUUCGCGUCUCGCUUCGAAUAUGUCAGCAAAUACAACAUGCAAUUCGUCUGAUGAUAAUGCAAGUAAUGCCAGCAAUACUAGCAUGCAAGACAUCAGCAAAAUGUUAACAACGCCUGAACUAAGGAAAUUUAAUAUGAACCCAUCGAAAUUAAAGAUGCCUUCAACGCCCGAUAUCGAAUUUUUACCAGACUUUAACACGCCAGAGAAGGAAGACGUGUCAAUUGGACGUCAAAAUCUUCUGCAUCCCGUAUUUAAGCAUCAAACGUUGUCGCCUGGACUUCCUCCACCAACACCUGAAACGCCCGAAAGCAGAAAAGGACCCGACUUCCAUCAAUUGUCUGCACUUAAAAAUUUGAGUACUCCAGAGUCCUCGCAAACCGACAGUGAUGACGUGUCUCCACAAAUUCAACGGAAACGACGUACGGGGGCACAUACUCGUGAUAUUUUGCCACGAUUUAGCAUCUCCAUUGAAGAUGAGCAUAGUGGUCACGAGGGCACUUCAUCUUCGGAUACCACACGUGAAAGUUUGAACAGCAGCACGCCAAUUGCCAAGGGACAUCGUUCUCGAACUGGUGGAGUUGUCGUAAAAAGUGCAUCUUGCGGUCUCGGACUAAACCUAAUGAUCUCACAUAAUGAUAGUUUAUCGAAUAGUAAAAUUACGCUGCCAGCAGGAAUUGGCUUUGGUCCCGGUGUUGCUCCUGAAAUUCAAUCACCCGGCGGAAAUGGCUCAAGUACCGCUUCUAGUCGCGAUACGAGUCCAUGUCGAGAUUUAUCGCCGCUCGUCACGAAUCUGAAGCCUCCAAUUAUCAUCCGACGUGGUCCUCGAGGCUUUGGCUUUACUGUUCACACAAUUCGUGUGUAUUAUGGUGACACGGAUUUCUACACGAUGCAUCAUUUAGUCAUGGCAGUUGACGAUGGUUCGCCAGCUUUUGAAGCCGGACUUCGACCUGCUGACUUGAUUACACACGUGAACGGCGAAGCAGUUCAAGGUCUCUAUCACACGCAAGUUUUGCAGUUACUGUUAAGUGGAUCGGAACAUGUAACACUGCGAGCGACUCCCUUGGAGCACACGAGUAUUCAAAGUGGUGGAAGAAAACGUGAGCCAUGGCAGAGCAAAUUCGCCAAAAAAGGCACUCGCUCACAACGAAACAAGAAAAAGGAUAAUGAGAAAAAACGAAAAACGUCCCUUUUCCGUCGCAUCAGCAACAAACGUGCAAGUGCUGAAAUGCAACAAUUGGCUGCAGGAGUGCAAUCUCCCACAAUGGUAACGCCAAGUCGCAGUUUUCAGAGUUUUCCGCCUCAACGGGCACCCGAAACGGGUCAACUUGGAAAUGCGCCCGCUGCUCGAAUCAGUCUUUCGCCCUUGGAUACCUUCAAUACACACCAAUCUGCAUCGAAUUCCUCACAAUCAAGCUCGCCAAGUAGUUCAGCGCCCAAUACUCCUACGGGAUCUGGAGCAACGCCCUUGUAUCCGCGUCCCUCAACUCUGCAUGGGCUGAAACACAAAUUGCAUACAACUUCGGCAUCCGGCAAAACGCUGCACGCCAACAAUCAAAACUCCGGUCCGAAUCGUCGUAAGUCCGUUGGUCACAUUCCAUUGUCGCCUCUUGCGCGCACCCCUAGUCCGAGCCCCUUACCUGCGUCACCGACACGUUCUCCGAGUCCCCUAGCUUUCCCGAAUGUGGGUCACUUGAGUGGCGCCUCAAAUACCGUACAAGCGUACGUUCCUGGCUCAUCCACAACGGCAACUACCAUUAUUCCGAGUGCAUCUACGGGAGCUAUUGCUAAGAAACCCUUCGUUCGUCCAAAAAGUGCCGAGCCAAACUCCCCGCUGCUAAGACGUGCCCUCUCACCAGAUCGUCUACAUCCACGGAGUGCCGAGAACAAAUGUGUUCUAUCGCCACUGUGUUGCAAUUCCGUGCCAGUCAAGAGCAGUCAACGACCCGUUUCGGGAAUCUGGCGACCGGGAAGCGUAUCGUCUGGCUCAUCACUCGUUUCGCAAACGGGCAGUGUGAUUUCCGAGAAAAUUACUGAACACGAGGAAGAAAAUGACGAGCAAAUUGUCGCGCCGCCUCCCUCGCCACAAAUCAACGUGCAGCAGCUAUCGCGAGAAUCUUCAAUGUCAUUGACAUUACCGGGAGAACUUUUACCGAGAAUUGCCGAAGAAAAAGAUUCGCCAACCAGCAUGCAGGAACAUAGUAUUGCGGAGCAACCAGAAACGAAACCCGAGAAGAAAACAUCGAAUGUCGUUGUGACGAAACGUCCAUCUCCGGAUCGAAAAAGCCCCGAGAAAGCCACGUCGUCGCUCGAGAGACGCCCUUCCGUAAAGGAACAAAUACAAAAGUUGGAUGGAAAGAGUAAGAAGGAUUUGAAAUCCACUUCAUCAUCAAAGACGACUUCCAAUCAACCGCCAAAAGGUAAAAAUUAGAGAAAAAAACACGAGUGAAAGUACUAUGAACUUUUUGUGCAUCAUUAGCAUCGCGCCUAUUGUUUGUUGUUUAUUUUUGUUGUUAAAAUAAGAAAAAUCGUCACGCAUGCAUUGAUAAAAGUUGCGAUUAUAUUCUUUCUUAUAAAUUUACGCGUCUGAAUAUAUUUUUAAGUAUUUAUUUAUUAUUAUACUAUUAAUAUUAAAAUGAAAAAAAAACAUGCUGCCGUUAACAAAAAUGCGGAGAUAAAUCGUGAUCCUUAUAUCAAAUUACUGAUGUAUAAAUUAUUACUAUUUUAUUUUAUAACUCGAUAUUAAUUAUAAUGAUUUAGAAGUAGUACUCAUCAUACUCUAUCACUCACAGAAAGAAAGUAGGAUUAGAGCUGAUUAGAAGAAAAAAAAUAAAAAAUGAAAGCAUGUACUCUCGUU